UGGGACUUAUCAUGGGGGACGGCUGGGUGUCCCCUGACUGCAGGAAUAGGACAAACACCCCCCCUACCCUGCCCAGCUCAAUGCAGCCCCUGGCAGAGCUGACCCAGCAGUGGACUAUAGGCAUGGCUCUGCUCAUGGCCUCCAUCAUCCUGCUCAUACUGAUGGGCAACAUCAUGGUCAUCGUGGCUAUCGCCAAAAACCAGAGGCUGCAGACCAUGACGAACGUCUUCAUCACCUCUCUGGCAUGUGCCGACCUCAUCAUGGGACUGUUCGUGGUUCCCCUGGGGGCCACGCUGGUGGUAACUGGCACCUGGAUGCAUGGCUCCAUCUUCUGUGAGUUCUGGACCUCAGUGGAUGUGUUGUGCGUGACGGCUAGCAUUGAAACCCUGUGCGUGAUAGCCAUAGACAGAUACAUCGCCAUCACCUCCCCAUUCCGCUACCAGAGCCGUCUCACCAAAGCCAGGGCCAAGGGCAUCGUGUGCACCGUGUGGGCCAUCUCUGCCUUGGUCUCCUUCCUGCCCAUCAUGAUGCAUUGGUGGAGGGACACUGAUGACCCCGAAGCCCUGAGAUGCUACGCCGACCCAGGCUGCUGUGACUUUGUCACCAAUCGGGCUUACGCCAUUGCUUCAUCCACUAUCUCCUUUUAUGUCCCAUUGGUCAUCAUGAUCUUUGUCUACAGUAGGGUCUUUAAGAUAGCCAAGAAGCAGAUGAAAAAGAUUGACCGUUGUGAAGGGAGGUUCUACCACAACCAGACCAUUGGCAAUGCCAGGGCCAGCAGAAGAAGGCUUUCUAAGAUAAUGGCAGCCAAGGAGCAGAAAGCUUUGAAGACCCUGGGUAUCAUUAUGGGCACGUUUACCCUCUGCUGGUUGCCUUUUUUCUUGGCAAAUAUUGUCAAUGUCUUCUACAGAAACCUCAUCCCAGACAAGCUAUUUCUCUUCUUGAACUGGUUGGGUUAUGUGAACUCCGCUUUCAACCCCAUUAUCUACUGCAGGAGCCCCGAUUUCAGGAAGGCUUUCAAAAGGCUUUUGUGUUGCCCAAGGAAGGCUGACAGAAGACUGCAUGCCACCGACGACCUGUCCCAUCAUUCUGGGGGCUUCGCUAACUCCUUAGACACCAAUGCUUUAGGGACCUGGUCUGAUUGUAAUGGGACGCAGCAGUCGUCAGACCCGGCAUAGAUAAAUCUACUUACUGGCCUUGGUCUCAGGUCAUGAAUCAUCAUGGAUUAAAGGAAAUAGCAGGGAAUGUGUGGGAUGACCUGCGCCCACCAGGGUUAAGGGUUGAAGCCAUUCUGGGUUUCUCUUGGGUACAACCAUUGACCAGAAGGAUUGUCUCUGAGCGGCCAUGGAGGCACACAACACAAGGUGCCCUAGAAAGCGGGCUGGAUCAGCACUUUAGGACUGGAGGAGACUUAGUAUUAGAACGCCAUGGCUACUGGAAGCAGUUCCACAUCUCUCUGCUCAGGGCUGUUGCCAGGACCUUCGACGACGCCUCAUCCACCAUUCCUGGUGGGAGUAUUGGGGAUCCAGCACUUUCAUUAGGUACCCUGAUAUCGCUCUGAACCUGAGGAUCUACAUCUAGCUGCAAUUUCUAUCUUCUGCUAUUACCAUACUUACCGAAGGACCAUGUCCACCAAAAAAUGCUUAUGAACCUAAUAACAUAGGUAAUAAGAAAAGUGCCUGGGAAAUAGUGGCUGGCAGCCUGAGCAUUAUGGGGGUUGCAGUUGUACCCCAGAUGGGAGCUGUAUAAUAUCCCUAAGAGGGUUCUCUUUUGUUUACUAGACCAGGUCAGUGAAAUUGGCUGAUAAUGACAUUCAGUGCUGAUCAAAGCUGGGGGCAUC